CCAAAUGAUAAACAGCAUUUUAUAUGUAAUAUGCUUAAAGUAUUUUUUGUUCCUGUACAGAAAAAAUUACUUUUCUUUACUCUAGUUAAAAUAACCAGUUCACUCCUAUGAUCAUAAUGGAACUGCUGAUGCAGGCUUCUUCCAAAACUAUGGAGAAAAAAUGGAUGUAUGGAGUUAUCUACUCAUUCAUGCAAAUACAUCUUAUCUGGGGUCUUCUAAAAGGAAGAUUUGAUGAAAGAAACGUCAUCUAUGCUACUCCUGGCACGGAUGUAAACUUGACAUGUCAGCUUGAAAAGAGAAGCUUGUUGGUGCAAACACAAUGGUCCAAAAUCACCAAUAAUACAGAAAUAAUAGGUCUCUAUCACCCUUUGUAUGGUUAUAACUGUGGUGUUAGAACCUCCUGUGAAUCCUUAGUCUCCUUCACUGUAUUGUCACCAAAUGUUUCAGAAUGGACUUUGUACUUAAGAAAUGUAUCUGCUGCAUUGAGUGGGAAAUACGAAUGUAGCUUUACUUUGUUUCCAGAGGGCACUUUGACAAAGAUCCAGAAUCUCCUUGUACAGAAUGAAGUUGCACAAGAUGAGAAAGGUGGCAACUAUACAGUAGAAGCGUUAUUCAACCACAUACUGGAAAUUCCUUGUUUUCAAAACAUAUCCUCAGUCAUUUCAUCUGGGAUUACUGUUGCCUGGAUGAUGGAGAAAAAUGGAAAGCAAGAAACUCUUAUCCAAAACAGCACCUUUCUAAAGAACAGAAGCAUCCUACUAAAAGACCAUGAACUCUAUCUGCCAUCAGUUGAAACCUUUGAUGAUGACAGAAAGUUUUCCUGUCACAUUAUAAUGCAAUCUGGCAAAAUCCUGAAGAAUGUCACCAGAAUUAAAGUUUUUGCUAAACCAGAAAUCUCUAUGAACAUGCAGAAUAGCUCCACUGAUACCUUGGAAGAGCAGAAAAAAUUUAGCUGUUUGGUGAAGAAUAUAUUCCCCACAGCAAAUCUCUCAUGGUAUAUAGAUGGAGAGCUUCUUCAAAAUGAAAAAGAAGGCAUACACAUUACUAUUGAAAAGAGGAAAAGUGAUGAAGGCUUUUAUGAACUAACAUCUAAGUUGAGGGUUCUGAAGCCUAACCAGCCAAUUCUACCCAAUAAUCUGACAGUUUGGUGCAUGACUCUGUUUCCUGUCCCUGGAAAUGAAGUGUGGAAUAUCUCAUCCAGAAAAAUAGUUUUUUCCUUCAAUUAUAUGAAUACUCCAAUAAAUCCACCUUAUAUCGUGGCAUCUGCUUUUUCCACUUAUAUGUCUCCUGUUAGCAGCACAGGCACACCAGGUUAUAUGAACACUCCAACAGAUCCAUCCAAUAUCACAUCUACCACCUCCAUCAUUGCACCUUCUCUCAGCAGCACAGAGAGGGCAGAAUAUAUCAGUACAACUUUAGCUAUCCAGCUGGAGAUGAGUUCCACAUUAUCAAAUCCACACUCUACCUCCUAUACCCACCAUUUCACUUCCAGUGUAACCACACAAAGAUAUCCAGACCAUAGCAAAAAGAAAACAGAAUCAACCCACCAAUUCAAUUCCAGUGUAACUACACAGAGUUAUCCAGGCCAUAGCAUGAAGGAAACAGAACCAACCAGCCAGUUCAAUUCCAAUGUAACUAGACAGAGCUACCCAGACCACAGCAAGAAGGGAACAGAAGCAAAUUUGGGGAUGUUCACUUUGAGCUAUAGCUCAAGACCUUCAGAAGUAGACACAACAUUGAAUGGUACUGUGUCUAACAUACCGAAGAGUCGAAUGCCUUGGCCAGUGGUUGUGGCAGGUUUGCUUUUUAUAUGCGUUUUCCUAUUUGGUCUUGGAAUAAGAAAGUGGUGUCAGUACUGGAAGGAAAUCACAGAAAGACCACCACCAUUCAAGCCUCCACCACCGCCAAUCAAGUAUGUUUGUAUUGGAGAAUCAGUUGGAGGUGAUCUUCCCUGUCAUGAGAUGGAAACUCUCUAAUCUUUCCUCUUGGGAAUUUACUGAAUAACAGUACCUGUCCUCUAUCCUAUUGAGAAGAUAAGAGAUUUGGUGUUUUGCCUUAUUCUGGCCCAUCUGUCAAACUCACACCACUGCAAAAAUGGAUGUCAGAUGUGAAUCACCUCUUUAUACAGUUUCUAACUGUGCCAUCUGCAUGUAUCUCAAAUUGAAACAGGAUGCUUGGAAAUGUCUGUAGGAUCAACGGUACUCAUUCCAAACAUUAUGAUCUUCAGAGAUUUUAUUGGCUUAAUAAGAGAUACAAUUUAAAGGAUAUAUAUCCUUUCAGCUUCCUACUGCAGCUGAAAAAUGUUGACAUUUUUUCAUUUUAACUGUGAUUAAUAUGACAGCAAUGUUAUAAGCAUAUGGAGACCAAGAUCGACCCUCCUAUUUUUUUCUGCCAGAAUUCUGAGCUAUUUACUCACACAAUAAUCAUCUUUGAAGUUUUUCUGGUUUGCUACAAAAACUGAAAAGGAAAAAAAAGUAGAAGCAAAAAUACCUAGCAACAAGGUGGAAUAAUGAAGAAGUGAGGAUGGUUUCCGCAACAGCAUUCCUAGUGGUUAUUUUCAUCCCCAAAAUUGACACAGGGACACAAAAUCAUAAAAUGUCUUUUUUUCUCUUUCCUUCUUCUUGCCCCAUCCAUCCAAAUCUUUCUUUCUUC